UAACAAAACUUAUUGUUCGUUCGUUAUUAAUUAAUCAAAAUAAAAGUCGAAUAAAUAAAAUAAUAAAUACUACAUUAUACAAAAAUCCCACGACUGUUGCUACAUUUAAAGAUUAACACACAAUUACUUUUCAGAUGGACUGUUAAUAUAAAAUACUAAAAUAUACCAACACACUGGAUAAUUCGCAAAUUCCAGAUGUAGCAAAUAAUUAUCGGAUCUGAACAAGUGUCACAGCAAAAGUUCCAUCUCUAGCAGUAUUUGACAAGUCGGCCUAAAAGAAAAAUAAAAAUGAGUGCGAUUUCUAAUGAAGACAUUAUUUGGACCAUAAAAAACGGAGAGAUCGAUGCGGUGCAAGCCGCUUUUCAGAAUGAUGCACAAAAAGUGAAUGAGGAAAUCAAGGGCCGUUUUCCAGUGCACUAUGCAGCAGAUUUUGGACAACUGAAUGUCUUGAAGUUUCUCAUAAGUUUAGGAGCCGACAUCAAUAAAAAGGACAAACAUGGUAUUACCCCCAUUCUGGCUGCCAUUUGGGAAGGACAUACGAGCUGUGUUGAAUUACUUCUGAAAGUGGGCGCUGAUAAAAAUGGUUCUACUCCAGAUGGGCAAAGCUACCUUGAGGCGGCGGAAAAAGACGAGAUUAAGAAACUCCUUGCAUAAUAUGUACAUGUCAUUUUAGGAUACAAACCUUAUGUUUCAGCAUCAAGUACACUUUUAAAUACAGUCGUGUAUAGCUUUUAAAAACGUCAA